AUGAUUACGUGGCAUGACUUGUACACCGUUCUCACGGCGGUUGUUCCACUUUACGUCGCCAUGAUUCUAGCCUACGGUUCCGUCCGUUGGUGGAAAAUAUUCUCACCAGACCAGUGCUCCGGCAUCAACCGCUUCGUCGCCAUAUUCGCCGUCCCUCUCCUCUCUUUCCACUUCAUCUCCACCAACAACCCCUACGCCAUGAACCUCCGCUUCAUCGCAGCCGACACGCUUCAGAAGAUCAUCAUGCUCUUCUUGCUAGGCCUAUGGGCGAGCCUGACCAAGAAAGGAAGCUUGGAGUGGAUGAUCACAAUCUUCUCUCUCAGCACACUCCCCAACACUCUCGUCAUGGGGAUCCCUCUCUUGAUCGCUAUGUACGGAGUCGAAGCUGGCUCCCUCAUGGUCCAAGUCGUUGUGCUUCAGUGUAUCAUUUGGUACACUCUCCUUCUCUUCCUUUUCGAGUACCGAGGCGCGAAGCUUCUGAUCAUGGAGCAGUUCCCGGAGACAGGAGCCUCUAUUGUCUCCUUUAAGGUUGAGUCCGACGUGGUUUCUCUAGACGGACAUGAUUUUCUUGAGACGGAUGCUGAGAUUGGUAACGAUGGGAAGCUUCACGUCACGGUGAGGAAGUCGAACGCGUCGAGGCGGUCAUUGAUGAUGACGCCUCGGCCUUCGAACCUCACCGGGGCUGAGAUUUAUAGUAUGAGUUCGACUCCUAGAGGUUCGAAUUUUAACCACUCUGAUUUUUACUCGGUGAUGGGGUUUCCCGGGGGGAGGCUGUCUAAUUUUGGACCGGCGGAUAUGUACUCUGUUCAGUCUUCUCAUGGUCCGACUCCACGUGCGUCCAACUUCGAAGAGAGCAACGCUGUGAAGUACGGGUUUUACCCUAACAGUUCUGUUCCUGGAGCAGCAGCAGCCGGGUCGUACCCGGCUCCGAACCCGGAGUUUUCUUCCGGUACGGCGGGUUCGGUUAAACCGAACAAGACUCCUACGGAAAACCAACAGCUGGAGAAGAAAGGGAGUCAUGACGCUAAGGAGCUUCACAUGUUUGUCUGGAGCUCGAGCGCUUCGCCAGAACACGUGGCAGCUGAGCAGUCUGACCAAGGGGCUAAAGAGAUCAGGAUGGUUGUCGCUGAUCCACCUAGAAAGAGUGAUGUUAGAGGUGGUGAUGAUAUCAACGUUGGAGAGGUUGAAAGAGAGAUAGAAAAAGCAACUGUAGGGUUAAACAAGGUGGAGUCCAGUUCUAAGGCUGAGCUAGAGGCGGCCGGUGGUGGGAAUGGAACACAUAUGCCGCCGGCAAGUGUGGUGACACGUCUUAUUCUGAUAAUGGUGUGGAGAAAACUCAUCAGGAACCCAAACACUUACUCUAGUCUUAUUGGUCUCAUCUGGGCUCUUGUUGCUUACCGGUGGCAUGUGGCUAUGCCCAAAAUACUACAACAGUCUAUCUCCAUACUCUCAGAUGCUGGUCUUGGAAUGGCUAUGUUCAGCUUGGGUUUGUUCAUGGCACUUCAACCCAAAAUCAUUGCUUGUGGGAACUCCGUGGCCACGUUCGCCAUGGCCGUUAGGUUUCUUACCGGACCUGCCAUCAUGGCUGUUGCUUCGCUCGCCAUUGGGCUACACGGCAACCUCCUCCGUAUAGCCAUCGUUCAGGCUGCGUUGCCUCAAGGAAUAGUUCCGUUUGUGUUUGCAAAAGAGUACAAUGUGCAUCCCACGAUUCUCAGUACUGCGGUUAUAUUUGGAAUGUUAAUAGCCUUACCAAUAACUUUGGUGUACUAUAUUCUUCUUGGCCUUUGAAUUGGUUCCUACGCCUUUAAGAUCAACUGGCUUUUGAGAACGCCUCGGAGAUUGGUUAUUUUAUUCAUCGGAAACCAGGAGAUAAACAAAGGCUCUGAUUUCGUGGGAAGUAGUGAAGAAGAAGAUAUGCUUUUGGUUUUGGUUUUGUUUCCAAUAUUUGUGGAACACAACAAAAGUACUUAGGAUUUAGUGAACAAGAUUGCAGGGAUUAAGGAUCUUGUCUUCAUUACACGCCAAAAAAACUCUCUCUUUCAUCGAUCUUAAUUGUUUGUUUUCUGUUUUUGUUACUCUAUUUGUAGAUUUUCGCUAAGUAAAUGUAAUGCACUAUUAUACACCCGUGUGUAUAUGCACCUUUUUAUCAACCGAGUGUUUGUACCUUUUGAAUUAGGAUUCAC